AUGCCGCAUCUCUACAACCUGACCGCGGUCCCGGCCGGCUGGCCCCUGGAGACCGUCCUCGACGCCUUCCUGCACUUGACGAAGUACGACCCUGCUGACGCCAAGCGCCCCCAAGAGACGCUGGCAGCGCGGCUGGUGGAGCUCUGGGCCGCGCGGCCGGCGGAGGCGGCGGCCUGGCGCGGUCUGAACGAGGACCGCUCCCAGGAGCGGCUCGCCGAGCUGCUCGUCCAGCACGGGCGGAGCGAGGUGAGCCGGUGCUACGUCGAGUCCUUCUCGGAGGCGGGGCUGGAGCGAGUGGCUCGGAGUUGGACGCCUCCGCCGGAGUGGUUUGAGGCUCGUCUCCGCCCUCGCUGCUCGGAGCUCGCUAAGCGGCUGGCAGCGGCCGAGGCGGAAGCGGAGGAGACGGCGCGGAAGCGGCAGAGAUUGGAGGAGAAGGGCCAGGAGGAGGAGCAGCUCCGGGAGGAGAAGAGGCAGCUGGGCGAGCGCCUGGAAGCCGCCGAGGCCGAGCUCCAUUCCGCGAAGGAGGAGCUCGCCCAGCAGAAGUUGGAGAACGCGCAGCUCGGCGCCAGCUUGGAGGCGGCGCAGGCCGCAAGCACAGAGACGCAGCGGGAGCUCCAAGCCGCGAAGCGCCAGUGCGAGCUGCUCACGGAGCGUGUGGCGGCAGCGGAAGCGACCUUGGCGGACAAGGCGCGCGAGGUCCAGGCCGCGCAGGACGAGGGUGCUGCUAUGAAGGAGUGGUGCGAGCAGCUUGCGCGUCGUUUGGAGGCCUCAGAGGCCGAGGCGUCAGGAAAGCAACGUGAGCUCCAUAGGUUGCAGGCAGAUUGUGACAAGCAGAAGGAGCACUGCGAGCAGCUCGCGGCCCGUUUGGCUGCUGCGGAGGCUGCCUCCGGAAACAAGCCAGAGUUGAAGACUUUGCUGGAGAAUGCAGCCCUCCAGGAGCGUGGCGAGCUGCUCGGGCUGCAGCUGGCCAAAACGGAGGAGAAGUUGGGCCAGAUGCAGGAGGAGAAGGGUGCGUACAAGGAGCGCUGCCGUCAGCUGGCUUGCCAGCUUGCUGAGGCGAAAGGCUUGCCCCCGAUUCAGGCCACCCUCGCCAGCCACGGCCCGAAUCUCCCCAAAGAUGCCUCCAGCCCUGCGUCGAACCUCGCCGAGGAGAUGGGGUACACACUGGUCCAGACUGAGGGCGAGGGCAAUACCGGCAAUGCCGGCAAUGCCGGCAAUGCUGGCAACGCCGCCUCGACGGUCCGCUCGUCAGGGUUCUCCGUCCAGCCGGGCUGCUUCAUGCUGGACGCCGUCUUCAAGUGCCGGAGCUCCGUCAUGGACUUCUAUCUUGCGGGCAAGGACCUCCGGAAGGGCUUGCAAGUGGUGGCCGGGCAUGGCGAGAACAUGUUGGAGGUGGUGGACAUCUCGAAAGGCCGAGCCACCGAGAUCGUCAGCUUGGAGGCCGGGGCUGCGACAUUGCGGGUCACCCCGGACCAUCCCGUGCAAGUCCCCGACAAAAAGGGCGAGGUGGCAGAGAUUCUCUACCAGGCGGCCGGGAAACUGGUGGCUGGUGACCUGGUGGUCCUCGAUUCCGGAAAGCCCGCGGCCCUCACCAGCGUCCACGCCGAGCCCAACGAGUGCGAGGUGCUGAAGGUCGUCUUUGAGCCAGACUUGCCCGUGGCCGUCUUCGCCUGCCCGCCCUGCAUCCUCAGCAAGGGCCAGGCGAACAAACCGCCUCGCCGAGGCGGGAUGUGCCGGCGGGGGCAGGCCGAUGAGACGGCUGACGGAGGGGUCUCAAUGCCCGACACUGCGGCCGGGGAGUACAUGGACUGA